AUGCCAGCCCAUCAGCAGUCGUGGCAGCAGCAGCAGCAGCAGCAGCAGCAGCAGCAGCAGCAGCAGCAGCAGCAGCACCAUGCCGCUGCGCCACAGCCACCUUACCCAAACCAUCCCGCGUCAGCCAACGGCAGCGCAAACAACGCCUCAUUCCCACAGCACGGCAGCCAUCUCCACCCGAAUGGCGCACAGAUGGACCCUUACCGCCACGGCCAGGCAGGCUACCAGGUCCCCGCCGCUUACCACCACCAGCACUCCGCACCCAUCUCGCCAGGACGCACACCCGGUCCGCUUCCGCAAAACGCCCCGCACUGGCAGUCGCAGCCUACAACCGACCUAGACCCUCGCCUCGCACGUCAGGCUCCAUCCGGAUAUGCAUCCUACGAUGCCACUAGUGCCUACCCUGUCCACCCUCAGCACCAGCACCAGCACCAGCACCAGCACCAGCACCAGCACCAGCACCAGCAUCAGCACCAUUCCGCCAACCCCAGAGCGCCGCCACAGCAGCACCAGCCCUCUUACGUCUCAACCGACUCCUCCAGCUUUGGACCCCAAGCUGCCGCCGCUGCCCAGCAUCAGCGUCCGAUCGACCCCUACAUCGGCGCCCACCCCGGCUGGUCCUCGACCGCGCCCCCUCCCUCGGUCCUCCAGAGCUCCGCUGCAUCCAGCGCGCAGUCAAGGGCGCAGGGCGACAUUGCACAGCGCGGAUCGGCCUCGAGCAGCAUCGGCGGCGGCGGCGGCGGUAAUGGCCUUGCAUCUAGCUCACGGGGCUACUCGGCCAAACUCGAGGACCUCGACGAGUAUGACGAUGACGACUUGGGCGGCAAAGGCCGAGACGGCGACGGCGGCGGUGGAGCGGCGGGCGCCGGCCCCGUCCAGAAGGGCACCAGCGACUUUGUCAAGAAGCUCUUUGGCAUGCUCAGCGACCCGGCCUACGAAAACGUCGUCACGUGGAACCCGUCGGGCGAGAGCUUCGUCGUCAAGGACAUGAACGACUUCACCAAGCACGUUUUGCCGCGCAACUUCCGCCACUCGAACUUUGCCAGCUUCGUGCGCCAGCUCAACAAGUACGACUUCCACAAGAUCAAGAACCCAGAGGACCCCGGCUCCAACGUUGGCGAGCACAUGUGGGAGUUCCAGCACCCGGACUUUAUUCGCGGCCGCGACGACCUGCUCGAGAAUGUGCGGCGCAAGAUCCCCGCAAAGAAAAAAGGCGGCGCCAAGGUCGCCAGCGUUCCCACAGACGGCGCCAUCGACGGCCGCGACGAAAGCCCGACGCUGCCGCCGCCGGGCGAGGCGGCAGAGAGCGCGGCCGAAUCCUACUCGGAGCUCAAAGCGCAGGUGGCCAACCUGACGGCGGUCCAGGACCAGCUGAGCAGCCACAUCAACGGCCUCACCAAGCAGUACCAGGGCAUCAUUGGCGAGAUGCUCACCUACCAGAAGAACAUGGUGCAGCAGGACCAGCUCAUGCAGAGCCUCAUUCAGUAUCUGAUGAACGUCGAGGCCGACAAGCGCAGCGAGGCUAACAUGCUCGCCAACGGUGGAGGCGGCGGCGGCAGUAGUGGCGGCGCUAUCGGCGAUGGCGGAGCCUUUGUGCCUUCGGACGAGGCCAACCGGCUGAUCGGCAACUACGAGGACGUCACACAGGCCUCGUUUGCCACCAUGAGCGAGAUCUCGCAGCGCAUGGCCAGCAUCCGGCCGGGCCUCGUCGGCGGCGCAUCAUCGGCCUCGGGGCCGGCGCAGGCGCGUGGGCGGGCCGAUGUUCGUCACCCUGCGGUGUCGGCCUCGACGUCGGCACCACUCUCGCCAAAGAGUGUCAGCUCGCCCCGGGAUAGCUCGGGACGGCCUACCAGUACAUCGACAUCAUCGUCGGCGGGCAGCGAUGCCAAGGGCAAGGGGACGGCCCGCGAUGUGGCCAGCGGCGGCGCCGACAACGACAAUGUCACCUCGCUGCACCCUCCCCACCAGCAUCUCGAGUCGGACGGCACCACGGCUCAGCUGCUCGAGUCGGCCGCAGGCUCGCUAAGCCAUCCGGACCUGGCCCAGUUCGAGCGCGCCGGCCUGCGCGUGUUCACCGUCGGCACGCUGCAGCCGAGGGAGGGCAACGAGGACUACCUCGCCAACAAUGCGGCUGAUGCGACGGCUGGGUCUCGUGGGGCCAAGUCGGCGCAGAGCAGCUUUGCCGAGGCGGUGGGUGCCGCCUUCCGGAAGCAGGCCUCGCCCAACGGCUCGUCGUCGGCGGGCAGCGCCAACGACUAUGGCCUGCGCGUGCCGCAGCUCGAGGACCUGCCGCGCAACAUGCCACGCAUCGACGGCCGGUCCAACUCGAUCUCGGGCUCGCCGAACCCUUACGGCCCUGCCGCCACCGCUGCCGGCGGGAACGGCGGCAGGGCGAGCGAUGCCAAAGAUGGGAGUGUCACGCCCUCUGACGAAGGCGGCAGCAGCAGUGGUAGUGGCGGCGGCGGCGGCGGCGGCAACUACCUGCGCGUGCGGCGGUCGACGUUCGUACCCGGCUGGGCGAUUCCGCCGCGAGUGCUGCUGGUCGACGACGACGCCGUGUGCCGCAAGCUCAGCUCCAAGUUCCUGCAGGUGUUUGGCUGCAGCAUCGACUACGCCGUCGAUGGCAUGUCGGCGGUCAACAAGAUGAAUCUGGAAAAGUACGACCUGGUCCUGAUGGACAUUGUCAUGCCCAACCUCGACGGCGUGUCGGCCACGUCGCUCAUCCGCCAGUUUGACCCGCGCACGCCCAUCAUCUCGAUGACGUCCAACUCGGGGCCGAGCGAGCUGAUGCAGUACAUGGCCAACGGCAUGAACGACAUCUUGCCCAAGCCGUUUACCAAGGAGGGCCUGCUCAAUAUGCUCGAGAAACAUCUGAUCCACCUCAAGACGGUGCAGAAGAUGGAAGAGAUCCCGCGCUCGCUCGGGCUGGGCCCCGUGACCGAGUCGGCGCUGCAAAACGCGCUGCAGGCCUCGACGCUGCACCGCCUGUCCAACGCCGGGCAAGGGCCGUCGUCGUCGUCGUCGUCCGGUGGCGGGCAGUCGCUCUUCACGUCGUCGGCCGGGCCAGGCGACGGCAACAGCGGGCAGGGUCAGGGGCAGGGGCAGGGGCAAGGGCAGGGGCAAGGGCAGGACGGCUCGACCCUCAACCCCCUGGCCGGGAUGGGCUUCUCGGACGAGGAGUACAUUGCGAUGCUGCAGAACCUGAUCGCGGCAGGCAGCUUUUCAGACGCCUCGGGCAACCUGACCAAUCCGGUGUCGUCACUGGUCGGCACGCAGCCGGGCGAAGGCAUAGGGCCCAGGAGCAAGGAGGGCACGCCGUCGAUGGCCACGGGCGGGCUUAAGCGGCAGGCCAGCGAGGGCGAGGAGAGGAAUGGCGGCGGCGGUGGCGGUGGCGGCAGCGGCGACGCCAAGAGGGGCAGGUUCACCGAGAUCCAUUGA